GCCGUCGCUGGCGUUUCGCGCAGCGUGGAGCGAGCCGCGGGGUCAACAUGGAGGAGCUGCUGCGGCGGGAGCUGGGUUGCAGCUUCGUCAAGGCCACGGGCCACUCGGGGGGCGGGUGCAUUAGCCAGGGACAGACUUACGACACGGACAGAGGACGCGUGUUUGUGAAAGUGAACCCCAAGGCGGAGGCCAGAAGAAUGUUUGAAGGUGAGAUGGCAGGUCUAGCUGCCAUCCUGAGAACGGGCACGGUGAGAGUGCCCGCGCCCAUCAAGGUCCUGGACGCGCCGGGAGGCGGCAGCAUGCUAGUGAUGGAACAUGUGGACAUGCGGGCUCUGAGCAGCCAUGCCGCCCAGCUUGGAGCCCAGCUCGCAGAUCUACACCUGGAGAACCAGAAGCUUGGGGAGGUGCUCCGGAAGGAGGCCGGCACAGUGGGGAGAGGAAGCGGGCAGGCUGAGCGGCCCUUCGUGGACCAGUUUGGGUUUGACGUGGUGACGUGCUGUGGAUACCUGCCCCAGGUGAACGACUGGCAGACGGACUGGGUCACGUUCUAUGUCCGGCAGCGCAUCCAACCCCAGAUGGACCUGGUGGAGAAGGGGUCUGGGGACAGGGAGGCCCUGGAGCUCUGGUCUGCUUUGCAGCUGCAGCUCCCUGGCCUGUUCCGUGACCUGGACAUCGUGCCGGCCCUGCUCCACGGAGACCUCUGGGGAGGAAACGUGGCGGAGGACUCCUCCGGGCCCGUCAUUUUUGAUCCAGCAUCUUUCUAUGGGCACUCAGAGUACGAGCUGGCAAUAGCUGGCAUGUUUGGGGGCUUUAGCAGCCCCUUCUACUCUGCCUACCACCGCCACAUCCCCAAGGCGUGUGGCUUUGAGAAGCGCCUCCGUUUGUAUCAGCUCUUCCACUACCUGAACCACUGGAAUCAUUUCGGAGCGGGAUACCGGGGCCCCGCCCUCAGCAUCAUGAGGAGUCUUGCCCGGUGAGCCACGCCCCGGACGGGCGCACCAGACCCUCGUGGCCGACUCCCCCCCCUUCCUCACACACCGUUUCUCUGGAGCAGUUCAGGCCUGCUUCCCAAACCCUGUAGGGUACGCAGUGUCUUGGAAGAGAGGUUUGUCACUGGAAGGCGUUUGUUUGAUGAGGCUUCACUGUGGGAAAAAACUGCACUACAAGCAGGAUGUGGAUGGAGGGACCUGUGCGUGUGGGCUGAGUGGAAACACUCUGCCGCCCCCAAGGUGGGGAAGGGAGAGGUGGCGGGCAUCCCUGCUGCAGAGGCCACCCCCAGCUCCCGUCUUGUCUCCGGGAACAACACAUAUUCAGGCUGCUGUUCUUGAUGGGCAGGACUUGGGUCUGUCAGCUUCUUAGGGUGACCAGCCCCGAGAGCGCACACAUUCCUUUACGUCAUGGCUCGACCCGCUGCAGGCUGAGCGAACUAGAAGCCGGUUCUGGAGGUGCCCAAGGACCUUGGUGUCCCUGUGCCUGUCAGCCCCCAUCGGCCUGCUGUUUGCUAAAGCUUGCCCCGCUGUCCUUCUACCAUAAUAAAAAGCCUUACACCAA